GGGGCUUAACUGUCGUGCAGUCUUGCCUACUGACUCGACCCAAGGGGGCCAAACAAGCGAGUCAACAAUCUGCUGAUCGCGACCACACGCAACUCUAUAGUGCGGAUGCUGAUCGCGAUGAGUCAACUAUACGUUGACGCGGCACGCCGCUUUCCGACAACGCGAGCGCCAUUACUGCGGCCAGACAAGAACAAGCAGACGAGGCCUUGGGUUUUGGAGGAGAAAGUCGACCUUGCCGAAUGCAUGAGGGAGGAUGACGUGCUUAUGGCAGCCGCUGAUGGCAGACACAACUGUAUGAAACGUUCAGAGAGAAACGAGUGGGUGUYGAAGAGGAUGGGGGAGAGGGGGUGGAAGAKAUCGGYCGAGGACUGCAGGAAGAAAUGGUCAGAGUUAACGAACAAGUUGAGGGUCAUCAGGGACAAGUGUGGGGCAUCGGGCAAACCCUCGUAUUGGGAGAUGACAGGGGAGCAGAGAAAGAAGGAGGGGAUGUUUCCUGCCCUCGAACAACUUGUGUGGGAGACCAUGGCUUGGUACUCCAACUUGCCGUCGCUAAGGUGUGACAAUACGCUCGCCUCAAGUGCUUUGCAGACAGGGGACGGGGGGAGCUUCGGUAGAGGCACAUCGGAAGGGGGAGGGACACCUCAAGGCGGAGGGACAACGCAAGCAGGAACGACAACAGCCGACGGGGCGUCAGAUGGCCGUCCUGCAUCAGCAGGGGGCGGGACAUCAGAUGGGCAAGGAACGUCGCAGGGAGCAGGAACUUCUCAAGGAGGAGGGACGGACGAAUCAGAGAGCGCAUGGAAGACACGUCACACAGGCGGUGGGAAAGGUCGGGUUGCAGGAGAGAGCAGAUCAGCGGUUUCAACCAUCGCCGAAGCAAUGCAUGUGUCGACGUGGGCGUACUGUGAAGGAUUGGACAAGGCGUUGGACAAGGCCGCUGGUGUGCUCGCGAAGAUGAGCACCGAAGGAGGGAAUGUUGUCGCUGGCAGGAUAGGUGACAUGGCCACCCUGAUUGGUGAUGUGGCGACCACCAUGCAUAAGGGCAAUGCGGUGCUGGAUCUGCUGGUGGGUGUCAUGGCACGACGAGGGAGUAUCGACGGUGGGCGAUGACGAGACAAUAACAGUUCGCGGUGUUGGGAACGGUACGGUUUCCGAGGCGUUUAGGGAGGGUUGUCACUUUCCGUC